GACCCAGGACCGAGGCCCCUUGUUCCCGGGCUCCUCGUGCUUCCCCCUGUCUCCGGACCACAAGCACAAGACGGACUACAAGUACCACACCCGCGGGAAGCACGACCAGCUCAACAUGAUCUUCAACCUGCUCGGCACCCCCUCCGACGAAGAGAUGGAGCUGUUGGAGCGCGAGGAUGCCAAGCGGUACCUCAAGUGCUUCGCGAAGCGAGCCGGGGAAGGUCUCCAGUCAAAGUUCCCGCACAUAAGUCCAGAUUGCAUAGCUCUGCUGUCUGGCAUGCUGCAGUUCAACCCGAAGGACAGAAUCAAAGUCGACAAGGCCUUCCCCUCGCUCUUCAGGGAAGUUAUCGAGAAGGUCCUCCCGCGCUUCGGGGUCCCGCUGGGCUUCCGCAACGUGAUCGAGGCGCUCUACAGCAACUGCCUCGCCUUCAGCUCCUUCCGCGCCGAGGGCACCAGUGCGGAGCUCGAGCCGCUGUUCGCGCUCCUGUGCGGCAUCAUGCAAGGAUGCCCGCUCUCUGGCACGGUCUGGUGCUUGGCCAUGGAUGCGCCCAUCCGUGCGCUGCUGGCUGCGAUUGCUGAGCAUGGAUUCCUCACGGCUUGCGCCGACGAUCUCGGGAUGCUGAUCAAGAACGCUGUCGCCCUCCCGAGCAUAGACCACACCUUCGUCUCUAUAGAGUUCGCCUUCAACCUGCAGCUGGCCCUGCACAAGUGCGUGCUGGUCCCGCUGUGGGAGGAGCUCACGGAGGACACACUGCUGAACGUCAAGUCUUUCCUUGCUGAGGAGGUCCCCCGCUGGCUGGGCUUCCGCGUCGACUCCACGGCCAAGUACCUGGGGACUCACUCACCUGGGCCCAGGCGUCACAGACUUCGGCAUCUGGAAGGCAUGGCCACCAGCCUUGCGGCCCGCGCGUACAACAUCAACGCGCUGCCGUGCCUCUCGUACCUCGCGCAGUUCUACUUCAUUGUGCCUGCCAUCUGGAAGGUCGAGUUCACCUCCCUGCACCGCCUGCUGCGGCUGCCGCCCUCGUCCAUGCGCAAGGCUGACAUCCUAUCGAUGAGCGCGUGGUGUGGCUCCCCGUCGCCGAUUGGCCUCUUCCCCUACACGCUCGCGGCGAUGAUGCGCUCGGCGGAGAACACGGUGCGCGGAUGGGAAGCCCACCUUCACCACCUUCAUGAAGCUGCAGUGGAGCAUGUCCCGCUGAUUGACGUGAUCAAGGGCAACUGGUCUCCACCGUGGUGGCGGACGCGGAGGGCGAUCGUGCAGAACUACGCCAUGAUCUCGGACACCUACGCCCAGCUGGACAUCCCCAGACCGACGCUCGACGUGAUCGCGGUCCCGAUCCCGAGCAGGUACCUCAAGAUUGCGAAGUCGGCGAUGACCCUGGAGACGAAGACGGCGGCAGCGGCCACUCCUCCCAGGAAACCCAAGCGCCAGGCCAUGGCCGCCGCGUCGCUCCGUGGCUCGCUGUACACCGAGGACCUGGUGGCCACCAUCCACCGACGGCUGCGCAGGUGGGGCGUCGAGUGCCCGUUGCCUGUGCUGCGCGAGAGGUGGCCUCCGCUGCGUAGCAAGCUGACGGAGGUCCGCCCUGCCUGGAUGUGGUCGUGGAUGCGCACCGCAGUCAACGGCUGGACGACUUCGCGUCGCAUGAGCGCCGUCAUCGACGCGCGCCCUUGCCUCUUCGGCUGUGAAGAGGAGGACGCUCUCGAGCACUACAUCUCCUGCCCGAUCCUCAGGGCGAUGGUCGCGGGCGAGGCGGGCGCGGACUCCCUGGGCAACGGCCCCGAGCUCCUCGGCCUCGGCGACGAGCAGUACCACGCGAAGCGCCCCAUCACGGAGUGCAUCUACGCCGUCGGCCUCAUGUGCCAGUGCUACCACAUCCAGAAGCACCGCAUGGACGUGGGCCUGGCCGCGGGAGCUGACCAGCGGGCUGGUGUGAGACUGGCCGCGCUGCAUCGCAUGCAAGCAUAG